AUUAUAUAUAGUAAAUAUACUGAGCGAGAUAUUGUUUUUAUAGCAACUCUCCCUUGAAACGCCAGAAGAAAAACAACACAGAUGGGCAGUGAUAAAUAGAAGUGGUUGUGAUUGCAGACCCAACGGAAUAUUAAACAGCUAUGGUUGUGACUGGAGUGAUGGAGCCAGGCACUGCAGCAAAUGUAGAUGGUGGUGGACACACUAUCUCCUCCACCAUGUUACUGGCCGAACUAGAUCGCUUCCUCAGCCUAGCUCUGACUACCACGGACAAGAGGAGUCAUAGUGGGAGGAGAGAUGGCAUUAGUGAGGGGGAGGAGCAGACCAUGGCAGAGACAGCUUUGUUUUUGCUGAGGAACUUACCCCCAGCAAGGCCAGCUGCAUUGGCAUUUUUAGCUCACACUCUUUCCAAGCAGGUGUCAUCUCACAUGAGAGGAUUUACAUCAGGCGACAGUACUCGGAAAACAGAUGCGGGUGACGAUGGACUCUCGGGGCAGCUGGAAGGCCUUCUUGGAGAACUUGUUGAAGCCACACCUGGUGUUUGGGGACCACUGGUCAGUCAGUGGGCAGUAGAACAGUUGGGACGCUGGUCUGUUGAAUGGGCAAACACUGUUGUAGGAAGAGGAGAUGCUACUUUGGAAGAAGUUGUGGCUGGCUGGUUAUCCUGUGGUCCAGCUCGCACAUUAGCAGCACUUACUGUGGCAUGUGUAGCUCAUGACCCAGACACAGCUGUUGCUGCCCUUUUAGAUGCUAGUGCUGCAAGUGGUCCUGCACUAGACUGGCUUGUAGCUCAUGUAGGAUGUUCUUUCCCUGCUCGAGUUAUAAGCCGUGUACUGGCUUUAGGUCUUUGUAGUUUUGCAUCCUGUCAUGGUCGUCCACCAGAACAUCAGCUUGCUAGUGUUAACAAGAUAUUAAGUCACUUGGCAGACCGUCAUUUACCUGAUAUUCGCCGUGGGUUACAUACCAUAUUAACCCGUACCUUUACUGGAACAACAGAUGAGGAAGUUCAGGCCUCAGUGCCAUUCCUUUUGUGCCUUGCAGUUACUAGCAGAUCAAGAGCAGUACUAGCUGCCCUCACAUCAGGUCUAGACACACUUCUUAUGCCUGGUGACCGUUUAGGGGCCUUGGCAAAGCAGGUUGGCUGGUGGGUACCACGAUUCUUCAGUAGUCACAGCCAAUUGCAGGAGAUGGUUGUGCAUCUCAUAUUGGAUACUGGAGGUGCUGCUGCUCCUUCACUUCUACGUCUCCUACUUCAGGGUGCUGCUUCUACUCCCAAAUUACCUCCAACUGUAACAGCAGCAGUUAAUAGUGUUUUACAGGGGGUAGUUGGCGAAAUAUGCAUUGUAACUUACAUGCGUAGAAAUAGUGGCUCUGGUCGCAUUCAUAUACCCUUCCUUGUAGGUCUUCGUGGAGGUGGCUUGGAUGGGAGUGAUGUAGGCAUUGCAGUUGGAGGAAGAGCUGUAUCUCCAGUUGCUGGUUUAGUGGAAGAAACUCUUGCAUUACCAGGAACAGAAGCUGUAAUUGGUCAUUUAAAGAAAUUAAUCACUCUUGUUGUGGUACAGCAAGGACCAGCAACAGCCACUACCACACUAGGUCAUUUGCUACAUUGCCGUACAGAAUAUUCCUCCAUAGGUCAUCAGCAAAUUUUGUCAGCUGUCAUAACAGCUUUAAUGGUGCAUCAGGCACACAAACAUACAACAGAGUCCCCUCUUUCUACAGCUCUGGAAGCAGCAUUGCAACUACAAAAUGGAUCCUCUGCCAUCCUCACAGCUCUGAACAGUUUGGAGACUCUCUUGAGUGAAGGACACAAAGAAAGAACACACAUUCAUGCAACACUCACUCAAGCUUUGCUACUGAAUAUUCCUCAUUUAUCAGAACUUGUAAAUCAUCCCAAAGUGGGCACAGCAGCUGUUCAAGUUUUAUGUCAAUUACCUCUAAAAAAACCUUUACCAGUGAGUCAUGUUAUGUCAUUGAGCCAUGCUAUUGUUUUUUACUUUUUCAGUAAUUUGCAUGAAAAAAAUGUUACAAAGAAAGCCACUGCUGUAGGAAGAUGUCAGCGUGUACUGGGACAGCUAGCCCACUGUUCCCUUGCUCAGAACUUGAUUAUAAGAUUGUUGGUAGAAGGUGUAUUCAGGCCAGAGUGUGCCCACCUCUUUGGAGCUUUAAGUCAUGCAAAGCUUGAGAUCAAAGAAGUUACCGGAGAGAAAUUGAUCAAUGCCAACCGCCAGUUUGAUACGUGGGUGAAGGCUCCCCAGUCUCAUACAAGUAUAUUCCACAUGGGAAUUAUAGGAAAUGGCAAAAUUGGUCAGAAACAACCUUUCACACCAUUGCCAGUUGAUGUUGUGAGGCUUCAUACACAAUUACUGCUUAAUACACUCAGUAUCUGUUGUGCAGCUCAGGCUGGUGCUGAAGGGGCUUCUACUGUUGCUCUUCUUUUGGUUGAGUUGAUAUCUUCAGAUAUAAUGUUUAAUGGAUUUCCAUGGCCAGAAGAAUACAUAAAAUUUACUUUUGAAAGAGAUCUUGCAAUCAAGAAAACAUUUGAAGAGUACCCAGUAGCAUGGGCUCUAAUAGACAUGGUGGCCAGAAAUCGUGUGGCACUAAGUUACUGUUCAGUUCUUGUUCGUGCUCUCACAGCUGCUCUAACAGCUUUCUGGAACACAUUCCCUCUGGCUGCAGCCAAACAAGCUCCAGAAGCACUGCAAGCAACUCGAAACCUAUUGGAGGUAAUGGUUACAGCUCAGUUCCUACCGGGUCCAUUGAAAGUGUUACCUCAGAUGGUAGAAGCUUUGGCACCAUAUGAAGUUGUGUGCAUACUCCAGGAUGUGUGGAUGUAUAUGCGGGACCACACCCCAUCUCCUGACAGAUGGCGUGAACUGCCAUCUGGGUAUCAGCGUAUUCCUGAACCACCCAUGGCCCCAAUCUAUACAGAGCGUAUCAAGCGCAUCAUACAAUGCAAUGUGGAUACCAUAGGGCACCUUAUGUGUGCUAUGGUAAAUGCUGACCAAUAACUAUUAAUUAUACAUUGUGUGAAUGUAGUUAUUAGAAAUAGAACAAAGUAAAUGCAAAUAAAUUAUUGAGAAUUUUCAC